CAGUUACUGCUAACCCCUGCAAUGGAGGUGUCAGCAGUCCACUUGCCAGGAGAUAGUAGGAUGCCUCUUGCCCCUAAGCAGCAAUUUGAUCUCCAGCCAUUUGCUGCCAGGGCAGUAGGGGAAGACUUGUAGCAGCUCUUGGAGGACAGGAAGGGCGUAGAUGGCUUUCUUAUUUAUCCCUGGUCUGUAGCAAGCAAAGGACAAGAAGGCAUAGAUUUUACAUCACUUAAGAAAAAAGAGCCUUCUGGUAAUUGUAUCAUUUGUGCUCUGCAGCAUUAUCAGAGGGGAGGGAAUUUCAUCAUCUCUGUUAUCUGCCAAAAUGAUGAGAGUUUGCUUGGGCAUUGCAACAACAACAAAACCAAACAACAACAACAAAAAGGGCAACUUGAGCUUCCUUUAACUCUUCAACUCCUGAUGCCUGCUAGGGAAGUGCUUCCCUCCUUUCAUCCUAUAGGCAGAGAUAUCCUUUCUGUGUAACAAUGUCACAAUGUCCUUUCUCAGCAUUAGGAGCUCAGAGCCUUUGAAGUGGGCAGGACAUACCAAUACCAUCUGCUGGUUUCAGUGUCCACCACCCCACUGUGCAUUACAGGAUGCUAGGGCUGGAAUACUGGGCUUUGCUCUAUGGGAUUCUUCUACUUCCCCCACCACUAAGCCUUUGAGUGCAGAGGGAAGUGAUUCAGAAGGGUGGUGGGCCAGGGCCUCCAGGAAGCAAAGCUGUGGCCCUCUGUAGGCUAACUCAGAAAGAGUUAAUGUGCAGGCAUGUUCCAGACAUUUGAAGUGAACAUGGUUACAGAGGAGAGGGCGUUUUUGGGUGGAGAGAGCAGCCCUCUCUGUGAGCCAAUGGCUAAAGGAUUCUGUCCCAACGCCCAGUUUGGGGGCUUAUUUCAUGGGCAAGAAUUUGCAGGAAUUCCUUCUCAAGAUUUGUCCUGGAUGAAGAGUAGGGACUGGGCCUUCAAGCUUGUUGGUGACUCCCUCUCUCUGCUGUUAGAAGGAGACCCAACAGUCUUUGGAAACCUUCCCACAAAUGAUGAGGUCACGCGAGCUAUGAAGGAGGCUUUGGACUCAGGACGUUACAAUGGCUAUGCUCCAUCUGUUGGCUACCAGUCCUGUCGAGAAGCAGUGGCUGCAUAUUACAGCUGCCCAGAGGCACCAUUGGAGGCCCAGGAUGUCAUCUUAACGAGUGGCUGCAGCCAGGCCAUAGAACUUGCCUUGGCAGUGCUGGCUAACCCAGGCCAGAACAUCCUGGUGCCACGGCCUGGCUUCUCUCUCUACAAGACUCUGGCACUGUCCAUGGGAAUUGAAGUUAAACUUUACAAUCUCUUGCCAGAGAAGUCCUGGGAAAUUGAUCUGAAGCACUUGGAGUCCCUGGUGGAUGAGAAAACAGCUUGUGUAAUUGUGAACAACCCGUCAAACCCCUGUGGUUCUGUGUUCAGCAAGGGCCACCUCCAGAAGAUCCUGGCAGUGGCGUCAAGACAGUGUGUGCCCAUCCUUGCUGAUGAGAUCUAUGGAGACAUGGUGUUUGCUGACUGCAAAUAUGAACCCAUUGCAACGCUCAGCACCAAUGUGCCCAUCUUGUCCUGUGGUGGCUUGGCAAAGCGGUGGCUAGUCCCUGGCUGGCGGAUGGGCUGGAUCCUAAUCCAUGACAGGAGAGACAUCUUUGGUAAUGAGAUCAGGGAUGGCCUUCUCAGGUUGAGCCAAAGGAUCCUAGGACCCUGUACAAUUGUCCAAGGAGCGCUGGAACGUAUCUUGCACAGAACACCCCCUGACUUCUACCACAACACCCUCAGCAUCCUCAAGUCCAAUGCUGACCUUUGUUAUGCUGCCCUAUCAGCUAUUCCAGGCCUCCAGCCUGUUCGCCCUGCUGGAGCAAUGUACCUCAUGGUUGAAAUUGAAAUGGAGCAUUUUCCUGAGUUUGAAAAUGAUGUGGAGUUCACUGAGAGGCUCAUCUCAGAGCAGUCUGUGUUUUGCCUGCCAGCUACAUGCUUUGAGUACCCAAACUUCUUCCGUGUGGUGAUCACUGUACCUGAGGAGAUGAUCUUGGAGGCCUGCAGUCGCAUCCAGGAGUUCUGCGAGAUGCACUACCAGGGUGCUGAGGGGGCCCAGGAUCUUGAGUGUGACAAGUAGCCACAGCCAACCUCCUGCCUCUGCCAGGCUAGACCUUGUGUGAGGUGGCAGGUAGGGCUGCUUCCAGCCAGCACCAUGUCCCCCCUGCCUGUAGGCAGGUGCUGUCCUGCUGCUUCACCUGUUUCGCUCCACAGAGCCCUCAGCACCAUAGAAAGAAGCAGACCUUCUCUUUUCCACCGCACCUCCCGCAUCCUCUGGCAUCUGGUGCCUGUGGUCUCCACGUACUCUGCAUCUGCACCCCAUAGUGGUCUCUGUGCUGGCCACAAACCAGCCACAGG